UGCGCUGAAGUAUCCACUGAUGGAUAGACUUCCAGUAGCCAUCGUUUGCGCUUUCUCCUGGACAACAAUCAAAGAAAUCCGACGCUCGCGAAAUUAUGAUUUUAAUAAUGCGCAAAACAUAAACCGUAAAGCCCGCUCGCGGAACGUUAUAGAAGUUGGCAGACUGUCCCAGGACGGAACAGAUUAAGAAGCAUAGUACAUGGAUAUUUUUCAGUCGUCGGUCAAUCUCUGGUUUGACCGUUUAAAAUUGACCACUACUCAAGCUGUUAAUCGUGGAGAAACGUAAAGAAAAACGAAAAAGAGAGCAUGCCACCCAAGAAAAAGGGUUCGGCGGACCGUCAGGACUCAGGGGUCACUGAGGAGAAGGAGAAGAAUGCCCAAGUCCAGCUGGAGAAGGCCAAGUGUAAACCUGUUGCUUUUGCUGUUCGAACAAACUUCACUUACACUCCUGCAGAUGACGACAAUGUCCCUAUACCAGGGCAAGGAGUUUCCUUUGAGGCUAAAGACUUCCUACAUAUAAAAGAGAAAUUUAAUAAUGACUGGUGGAUUGGGCGGCCUGUAAAGGAAGGAGGAGAGGUUGGUUUUAUCCCCAGCCCAGUGAACCUGGAGACCAUUCUGAUCAGGAGAGAGGUGCAGGCCAGGAAGGCCGCCAAAGCGCUAGCCAAUAAAGCGGCAAGUUCUGCCAAAGAUGAUAUGAACGCAAAGAAAGUAGCUCCACCACAAACAGUUCAGCAAGUAAAGAAAAAAUCGGGAGAACAACUGGCUGCAUAUGAUGUUGUGCCUUCCAUGCGUCCUGUGGUGCUCAUGGGGCCUUCACUCAAGGGCUAUGAGGUUACAGAUAUGAUGCAAAAAGCUCUCUUUGAUUUUCUAAAACACAGAUUUGAAGGAAGAAUAACUAUCACACGGGUGACGGCGGAUAUUGCACUUGCCAAACGGUCGAUCCUAAACAACCCCAGCAAGCACGCCAUUAUGGAUCGCUCCAACACCCGCUCCAAUUUAGCCCAAAUCCAAGGAGAAGUAGAGAGGAUUUUUGAGUUAGCUCGCAGUCUACAGCUUGUGGUUCUGGAUGCAGACACCAUUAACCACCCUCUCCAGCUUAGCAAGACCUCAUUGGCCCCAAUCCUGGUCUAUGUCAAGAUUUCAUCACCUAAGGUCCUCACAAGAUUGAUUAAGACCAGAGGAAAGUCUCAGACUAAACACCUGAAUGUUCAGAUGGUGGCUGCAGACAAAUUGGCCCAGUGUCCUAAUGAGCUUUUUGAUGUCAUCUUGGAUGAGAACCAGCUCACAGAUGCCUGUGAGCACAUCGCUGAUUACCUGGAGGCCUAUUGGAGAGCCACCCACCCUCCUGAAAUGGAGCCUCCCAAUCCCAUGCUGGAGAAACUGGCAGAAAACACACUUCCCACCAGCCCCACACCUGCUAAGGAUGAGGAGAAAAGCAAGAAGAUGGCUGCCACUAAGAGGAAAGGAUCUCAGGAGUACCAGCAGGAGCAUCUGCCCCAGGCCCAGGAGACGAGAGAGGAGGAGGAAGAGGAAGAGGAGGAAGUGCAGGAGGAGGCAGAGGAGGAGGAGAGACUCCUUCGUAGUGAGCCAAAGAGACAGACCCAUCACCAUCAUCACCAUCAUCACCAUCGCUCCAGCACCAACCGAACUGAGCACCAAAACAAACACCAGCACCACCAAGUGCGCCACCAGCAGCCCACUGACACGGAGCUGCUGCCCACUAAAGACUCUUUGUAUACGGAGCCCCGGAGCAGGCGUGUGCUCCUGGACAAGGAUGAUCUGGACCAAACCGAGGUCUACCAAAACAGGACUACAAUUCACAGGGACCAUAACCACCACCAUCACAACCAUCACCAUCAUCAUCAUCACCGCCGUGGGACCACAGAUGUUCCGGCGGAUUAUUCCCACCACGGCCAGCAGGAUUACGAGCUAGACCACAAUAAGAGUAAAAGGCAACAGAGACACCAGAGCCAGCUGUGCUCGCACCAAGAACAUCACUACAAUUACCCACAUCACAAUCACUACCACUAUCAGGGACGGGAGCGGGACAGAGACAGAGAGAGGGACAGGUGUGUGGAGACAGAGGAAUGGACUGAAGAUAUGUACAUUCAUCGCUGAGAUGGUCUGGAUUUGCAUUGUUUUGAAUGCUGCUAUAUGAAAUGCUGUCUACUGUGUACUCAGGGCAACACGGUUUCUCUUUCUUGAUCUGUUGUGCCCUGUCUGUUGAUCAUACUGCUGCAUGAUUGCCUCCUCUGGUCGACGUCUAACUUUCCUUUAUCUCUCUCUUGAUGCUUUUCAUUCAUAUAAAUUUGUGUUCCUUAUGCUUUUUACCUUACUUGCUAUUACCAUUGUUGUUAAAAGAAUUGUUCACCCAAAAAUGAAAAUUUACUCACCCUAUGUCAUUCCAGUCCAGCAUUCUUUUCUUUAUUUUCUCUUUUCCGUUCUUUUUCUUUUCUUUUGAAUGUGAAACACAACAAGAUAUCUUAAGCUGUAUAUCUGAGCAGGUCUUUUCCAUGUUAUGAAAGUGGAUAGCAACUGUAAAUGUCCAAAAAAGCAUAAAAAAUAUAAUACAUGUGAUUGGUACACUAUAGUCUUCUGAAGCCAAGUUGUUAUUCACUGAUAAUAUUCUUCUGUUGUUUAGCUAACUAACACUGAUAAUCUUUUUAAAAGCAGCGGCAGAGUGAAGGAUGAUCAGUGAAUAACAACUGAAUAAGUGCCUCAUUCAUGAAACACAAGCAGAACAAAUGUUUUUGUAAAUCGUUCGUAAAGUCAGUCUGACAUACAUUUUCGGAUUCAUAAAAGUUUUCGUAUUUUCAGAACGUUAGUCGGUACAAACAAAAUUUACACCUGCUCCCGACCAUGUGUAAAUCAUGCGUAAGACAUCUGAACAUUUUAUUAUGACACACUGCCAUGACUACAUUUUGAUAGAAGUAAAAUUCAAUAAGUGAAAUGAACCUUAAGAAAAUAACAAAUAAUAAUAAUUAAAAAAGCUUUUAUUUAGAAACGUUUCUCUGCUGCUUGCAUUUGGAUUUGCAUUUGAUUUUCUCAACAAAAAAAAAAAUAUAUAAUAAUAAUGCCCUCUAAAGUGACUGGCUGGAAAAAGAAAUAUUUGAAAUAAGCUCUAUUAUUUAGAUUUCAUAGGCAUCGGUAAAUCGCGUUCAGUUGACGUAUUGUCAGUGGUAAAACCUUAAAUUAACACAUUAACACAGUAUCGUUCAAAGACCUUCUUCAGGAAUUCUAUCAAUUUCUUUGAAGAUUGUUCCUGUUGCAAGGGAAGUAUAUCACUUUACAGCUGGAUUUACUUGAGAAGUUUCUCUUAUGAUGCUGGCGAUGGGCUCAACCGAACCAGAGAAGGUGAGGGACAUCCUCCUUUUGGCAUGAACUUAAAAUGUUUUUCUCUAAAAAGCUUCAUGUCAAAUUUUUUAUUGACCUCUUGGACUGUUUAAUUAAAAAAAAGAACCUCUGAUGACAGCAAAGAUUACUGUAAGUUCCUCACUUUCUUUUUAGAUGCGUGUGUUUGCCAAAUCAAUAUAUUACUAUGUGAACGGCAUAAAAAAACAACCUUUUAUUACUGUUCGCAUAUAUGUUAAAAGCUCCCUAUUCUCAUUUACUAGCGAGUUUGAGCUUUCCUUAUAUGGCGUUUUCAUGGGCGUGGAUUAUGAUAAUUGUGAAUGAACCUGCUCACGCACUCUAUUUAUGAACGUUUGGAAUUCAGUAACAUACACAAAUUGUUCUAACAAAUCUGGGGAAUACGAAGCAUUGGUGAAUCCAGCGGAAAUUACUCCCAGUUCUUUCAUAUAUUUACGAAAUUUUCAUGAAUGGGGCCCAUAGGCAGCCUGGUUUAAUUUCUUAAAAUUGUAUUUAGUUAUUACAGUUUGAAGAGCAUUAAAAAGACACACUGUUUAGUGUUUAGUGUGACCUGACCUGAAACCAAUAGAUUUUAAUAAAUACAUUCUAUACAUUUUAAAGGAUUGUUUGUUCCAAAGACAUCUUUUGAUAAGCUCAGAGAUAGAUAGUUAUGCACGUACAUAACAUACAACUUAGCCAAAUACAUUUAAACUCAGUUUUUCCACAAUUCCUGACAUUUAAUCAUAGAAAACAUUCCCUGUUUUAGGUCAGUUAGGAUCACCACUUUAUUUUAAGAAUGUGAAAUGUCAGAAUAAUAGUAUAGAGAGAAUUAUUUAUUUCAGCUUUUAUUUCUUUCAUCACAUUCUCAGUGGAUCAGAAGUUUACAUACAAUUUGUUAGCAUUUGGUAGCAUUGCCUUUAAAUUGUUUAACUUGGGUCAAACUUUUUGGGUAGCCUUCCACAAGCUUCUCACAAUAAGUUGCUGGAAUUUUGGGUCAUGAGUCAGGUUUGUAGGCCUCCUUGCUCGCACAUGCUUUUUCAGUUCUGCCCUUAAAUUUUCUAUCAGAUUGAGGUCAGUGCUUUGUGAUGGCCACUCCAAUACCUUGAAUUUGUUGUCCUCGAGCCAUUUUGGCACAGCUUUGGAGGUAUGCUUGGGGUCAUUGUCCAUUUGGAAGACUUAUUUGUGACCGAGCUUUAACUUCAUGGCUGAUGUCUUGAGAAGCUGCUUCAAUAUAUCCACAUAAUUUUCCUUCCUCAUGAUGUCAUCUAUUUUGUGAAGUGCACCAGUCCUUCCUGCAGCAAAGCACCCCCCACAACAUGAUGCUACCCCCCCCAAUUGCUUCACGGUUGCGAUGGUGUUCUUCGGCUUGCAAGCCUCACCCUUUUUCCUCCAAACAUAACAAUUGUCAUUAUGGCCAAAAAGUUCUAUUUUUGUUUCAUCAGACCAGAGGAAAUUUCUCCAAAAUGUAAGAUCUUUGUCCCCAUGCGCACUUGCAAACUGUAGUCUGGCAUUUUUAUGGUGGUUUUGGAGCAUUGGUUUCUUCCUUGCUGAGCAGCCUUUCAGGUUAUGUCGACAUAGGACUCGUUUUACUGUGGAUAUAGAUACUUGUCUACCUGUUCCUCCAGCAUCUUCACAAGGUCCUUUGCUGUUGUUCUGAUUUGUGGGAUUGAUUUGCACUUUUCGCACCAAACUACGUUCAUCUCUAAGUGACAGAAUGCGUCUCCUUCCUGAGCGAUAUGAUGGCUGUGUGGUCCCAUGGUGUUUAUACUUGUGUACUAUUGUUUGUACAGAUGAACGUAGUACCUUCAGGCAUUUGGAAAUUGCACCCAAGGAUGAACCUGACUUGUGGAGGUCCACAAUUUUUUUUCUGAGGUCUUGGCAAAUAUCUUUUGAUUUUCCCAUGAUGUCAAGCAAAGAGGCACGGAGUUUGAAGGUAGGCCUUAAAAUACAUCCACAGGUAUGCCUCCAAUUCAGUACAUCUUCUAUCAGAAGCUAAUUGGCUAAUUGUUUAAAGGCUUGACAUCAUUUUCUGGAAUUUUCUAAGCUGUUUAAAGGCACAGUUAACUUAGUGUUUGUAAACUUCUGACCCACUGGAAUUGUGAUAUAGUCAAUUAAAAGUGCAACAAUCUGUCUGUAAACAAUUGUUGGAAAAAUUACUUGUGUCAUGCACAAAGUAGAUGUCCUAAACGACUUGCCAAAACUAUAGUUUGCUAAUAUUAAAUCUAUGGAGUAGUUAAAAAAUUAGUUUUAAUGACUUCAACCUAAGUGUAUGUAAACUUCUGACUUCAACUGUAGUUAUGUGAAAAUCAAAUCCCAAGCCAUACUAAAGUGGUGUCUGUUGCUCAAGAAGAAUUAAUGCAGAUGAACACUGAUUCGUUCUGUUCCAAAUUUGAUUUAUAAUAUAUAAAAUGUAAAUAUUUUUAACCAACCAACUACAUGUAUUUCUGGUUUCUGCAUGGAGCCCUACACAUAACAAUGCUUUCUGUGACCCUGGACCAACCUAUUCAGAUGUUCUUAUUUUAUUUUAUUUUUUAAAUACAUACAGUAUACAUAUGGAAUGGAUAAAGGCACACUCUAAUGUCCUGAGAGAAAUAGGUACAAUUAUUUAAAAAAGUAGCUAUUUAAUCAAAAGCAUAGACAAAGUUUUGUUUCCAGUUUUGUUAAAAAAAAACAAAAAAAAAAAAACAAAACAAAACAACUGUUGAUAUUGUUGAUACAUCUGGUUCCAUGAGUUUUAUUUGAAUUUCCUGUUACAUAACCUGAGUACACUAUGCAUUAAUGUUUAACACUAUAGCUUGAAAAUGAUUUCUAUGCAUUUGUACAUACCUCAUAAAUGCCUUUGUAAAUAUGUACUGAUAAAACUGUGGAUAGUUCCUGCUGCAAUGUAAUAUAGAUGUAUUUCUAUUUUUAAUUGGUCUGACUGUAAAUCAUUUUUAUGUCCUCCUCUACCAAAUACCACACACUUCAAAUUUAUUAUGUUUUCUCC